GCAAUGGAAGAAAUUAUUAGCAAAUGGCUUCAAUAAGCAACACUUUGCCAAGUUUUUAUAUGAGUCGUGGAGUGCUUGUGGUGAGGAUGAAUUCAAGGGAGUUGAUGUAUAUCUGGCUCAUUCUGAAGAAUGCCACAAGUUAUCUUGUCGUAGUGGUACCACGGUCAGUGAAGCGAUUCCAGAGCUAUACACUACUUAAGAGGAAGCCGACACGAGGAUGAUGCUACACGCAAAGUACAUCAGCAACAUGGGUAGGAAGGACAUCAUCAUUAAGAGCCCGGACACCGACGUAUUCGUCAUUGGCAUUGGCAUAGCUGCCCAACUUGAGGGUUCCAAGUUGUAUUUCCAUACUGGCAAGCAAGAUAAGGAACGGACAAUCAAUUUGAACGCCAUUCAAUGUCAUCUUGGAGAUCAAAUCAGCGAAGCAAUCGUAGGCCUGCACCCAUUCACAGGUUGUGAUUCCGUCAGUGCUUUGUAUGGACGGGGGAAGACUAAGCCCUUUACGCUGAUGUCGCAGACUACAAAGUUUAUCAAGGCAUUUCAGGAGCUUGGGAAAGCAUUCACCCUUUCUGAUGACCUGGUUUCUACUCUGGAGGAGUUUGUUUGCAAGUUGUAUGGGAUGAAGGAAAUCAGUAAGGUGAAUGAAGCAAGAUAUGCUUUUUUUUCCAUGGCGACGAGACAAGAAGACAUUAUGCCACCAAACAAGGAUGCCCUCAUGAAGCACAUCCAAAGGGCCAACUAUCAAACUGCUAUUUGGAGGCGCUGCCUUGAGAGCCAGCCAGAUGUUCCGUCACCAGUUGGGCGAGGUUGGCAAUCGGUCGAUGGAGGGCUUCGAAUAGACUGGAUGGAUAUGCAACCUGCUCAACAGAGCAUCCUUGAACUUACUUCAUGCAAGUGCAAAAAGUCCAAAUGUAAAGUCACAGGAGUAGAUGCCCAGUGUUGUGCGCCUUUGGGCCUUCCCUGCACAGAACUGUGUGAGUGCAAGAACUGCGACAACAUGGCUGUGCCAGGUGAGGAACCAAUCAUUGGAGAAGAAGAAGAAGCAGAAGCUGAUGAAGGUGACAACUGUGACGAUGAGGAGAACUUUGAAGAAGAGGAGUUAUUUUAACAUGUUCAGCCUAAGAUGAUGACAUGAGAACCAGGUCCCAACAUCUCCCAGCAC